AUGGGAGAAGGGGAUGGAAUCUGGGAGAAGGGGAUGGAAUUUGGGAGAAGGGGAUGGAAUCUGGGAGAAGGGGACGGAAUCUGGAAGAAGGGGAUGGAAUCUGGGGGAAGGGGAUGGAAUCUGGGAGAAGGGGAUGGAUUAUGGGAGAAGGGGAUCGAAUCAAGGAGAAGGGGAUGGAAUCUGGGAGAAGGGGAUGGAAUCUGGGAGAAGGGGAUGGAAUCUGGGAGAAGGGGAUGGAAUCUGGAAGAAGGGGAUGGAAUCUGGGAGAAGGGGAUGGAAUCUGGGAGAAGGGGAUGGAAUCUGGGAGAAGGGGAUGGAAUUUGGGAGAAGGGGAUGGAAUCUGGGAGAAGGGGAUGGAAUCUGGAAGAAGGGGAUGGAUUAUGGGAGAAGGGGAUAGAAUCUGGGAGAAGGGGAUGGAAUCUGGGAGAAGGGGAUCGAAUCAAGGAGAAGGGGAUGGAAUCUGGGAGAAGGGGAUGGAAUCUGGGAGAAGGGGAUGGAAUCUGGGAGAAGGGGAUGGAUUCUGGGAGAAGGGGAUGGAAUCCGGGAGAAGGGGAUGGAAUUUGUGAGAAGGGGAUGGAAUCUCGGAGAAGGGGAUGGAAUCCGGAAGAAGGGGGUGGAAUCUGGAGAAGGGGAUGGAAUCUGGUAGAAGGGGAUGGAAUCUGGGAGAAGGGGAUGGAAUCUGGGAGAAGGGGAUGGAAUCUGGGAGAAGGGGAUGGAAUCAGGGAGAAGGGGAUGGAACCAGGGAGAAGGGGAUGGAAUCUGGGAGAAGGGGAUGGAAUCUGGGAGAAGGGGAUGGAAUUUGGAAGAAGGGGGUGGAAUCUGGGAGAAGGAGAUGGAAUGAGGGGGAAGGGGAUGGAAUCUGGGAGGAGGGGAUGGAAUCUGGGAGAAGGGGAUGGAAUCUGGGAGAAGGGGAUGGAAUUUGAGAGAAGGGGAUGGAAUCUGGGAGAAGGGGAUGGAAUCUGGAAGAAGGGGGUGGAAUCUGGGAGAAGGAGAUGGAAUGAGGGAGAAGGGGAUGGAAUCUUGGAGAAGGGGAUGGAAUCUGGGAGAAGGGGAUGGAAUCUGGGAGAAGGGGAUGGAAUCUGGGAGAAGCGGAUCAAAUCAGAGAGAAGGGGAUGGAAUCUGGGAGAAGGGGAUGGAAUUUGGGAGAAGGGGAUAGAAUCUGGGAGAAGGGGAUGGAAUCUGGGAAAAGGGGAUGGAAUCUGGGAGAAGGGGAUGGAAUUUGGGAGAAGGGGAUGGAAUCUGGGAGAAGGGGAUGGAAUCUGGAAGAAGGGGAUGGAAUCCGGGAGAAGGGGAUGGAAUCUGGGAGAAGGGGAUGGAAUAUGGGAGAAGGGGAUGGAAUCUGGGAGAAGGGGAUGGAAUCUGGGAGAAGGGGAUCGAAUCAGGGAGAAGGGGAUGGAAUCUGGGAGAAGGGGAUGGAAUCUGGGAGAAGGGGAUGGAAUCUGGGAGAAGGGGAUGGAAUCUGGGAGAAGGGGAUGGAAUCUGGGAGAAGGGGAUGGAAUUUGGGAUGGAAUCUGGGAGAAGGAGAUGGAAUCUGGAAGAAGGGGGUGGAAUCUGGGAGAAGGAGAUGGAAUGAGGGAGAAGGGGAUGGAAUCUGGGAGAAGGGGGUGGAAUCUGGGAGAAGGAGAUGGAAUCUGGGAGAAGGGGAUGGGGUCUGGGAGGGCGGGAUGGAAUCUGGGAGAAGGGGAUAGAAUGAGGGAGAAGGGGAUGGAAUCUGGCAAAAGGGGAUGGAAUCUGGGAGAAGGGGAUGGAAUCUGGGAGAAGGGGAUGGAAUCUGGGAGAAGGGGAUGGAAUUUGGGAGAAGGGGAUGAAUCAGGGAGAAGGGGAUGGAAUCUGGGAGAAGGGGAUGGAAUCUGGGAGAAGGGGAUGGAAUAUGGAAUAGAAUCUGGGAGAAGGGGAUGGAAUCUGGGAGAAGGGGAUGGAAUCUGGGAGAAAAGGAUGGAAUCUAGUAGAAGGGGAUGGAAUCUGGAAAAAGGGGAUGGAAUCAGGGAGAAAGGGAUGGAAUCUGGGAGAAAGGGAUGGAAUCUGGGAGAAGGGGAUGGAAUAUGGGAGAAGGGGAUGGAAUCUGGGAGAAGGGGAUGGAAUGUGGGAGAAGGAGAUGGAAUCUCGGAGAAGGGGAUGGAAUCAGGGAGAAGGGGAUGGAAUGUGGGAGAAGGGGAUGGAAUCUGGGAGAAGGGGAUAGAAUCUGGGAGAAGGGGAUGGAAUCUGGGAGAAGGGGAUGGAAUAUGGGAGAAGGGGAUGGAAUCUGGGAGAAGGGGAUGGAAUCUGGGAGAAGGGGAUGGAAUCUGGGAGAAGGGGAUGGAAUCUGGGAGAAGGGGAUGGAAUCUGGGAGAAGGGGAUGGAAUAUGGGAGAAGGGGAUGGAAUCUGGGAGAAGGGGAUGGAAUCUGGGAGAAGGGGAUGGAAUCUGGAGAAGGGAUGAAUUGGAGAAGGGGAUGGAAUCUGGGAGAAGGGGAUGGAAUCUGGGAGAAGUGGAUGGAAUGUGGAAGAAGGGGAUGGAAUCUGGGAGAAGGGGAUGGAAUGUGGAAGAAGGGGAUGGAAUCAGGAAGAAGGGGGUGGAAUCUAGGAGAAGGGGAUGGAAUGAGGGAGAAGGGGAUGGAAUCGGGGAGAAGGGGAUGGAAUCAGGGAGAAGGGGAUGGAAUCUGGGAGAAGGGGAUGGAAUCUGGGAGAAGGGGAUGGAAUCUGGGAGAAGGGGAUCGAAUCAGGGAGAAGGGGAUGGAAUCUGGGAGAAGGGGAUGGAAUCUGGGAGAAGGGGAUGGAAUCUGGGAGAAGGGGAUGGAAUCUAG